AUGACUUCGGAAACUGAAGUAACAGACAAUGAAGCAUCCUCUUCAGGGAGUAAUCGCUCACACAACUCUCUCAUAAUAUCUCCAAAAGACAAUGAGCCAACUUCCCAUAACAGCUUUGCUGGUGAUAAUUCAGGCAUACGAAUCGGUGCAUCCGCUUCAGGGAGUAAUCGCUCACACAACUCUCUCAUAAUAUCUCCAAAAGACAAUGAGCCAACUUCCCAUAACAGCUUUUCUGGUGAUAAUGCAGGCUUACAAAUCGGUGUAAACCGGGGAACUAUAAACUUGGGCGUUAAUCACUACUCAUCGUCUCUAUUCGCCAGUUUUACGUCGGGGAUUCAAGAUACCCCUGAAAAUAGAAGCGCAACAAGGCUUAAAAUCAAGAACCGAGCCCGUUUCCAACAUGGGCGUCGACCACCAAAAACCAUCGAGUAUUAUACGCCAUAUCCCACAAUACAGAGUAAGGAGAUUAAGAGACAAUUGGUUGAACUUUUUAAGCCAUUGCACUUCUUUGAUUGUGCUAUUGCUGAGUACUUCCAAGUCGCGGGCUCACGCCAUGACCAAGAAGAUAUUCAAGAUCGGCUACAUGAAAUCCGACAAAAAAUUAUAAAACGACAGGGCAACGUGUCUGAUCAAUCUUUAUCUCCUGAAAGCAUAUAUUUAGGAGAUCUCGGCAGUUUCUUUGAAAACGUGGUUAAGUCUUGGACUAAUCCACACUCCCCACAGCCCGUCUUUAAUAAUAGCUGCCAAAGUGAUGAACAAAUCUUCCAGUACAUCCAAGAUGCUUUAGAGGUCCAUUAUUGGGAACUUUCAUUGCAUUUAUUCUCGGAGUGGCGACAGAAGGCAAAAAGCCUGACCGAAGAUCUUGUCAUUCGUAUCAUAGAGAGUGUGAAACAUGAGAUCCUGAUUGGGAGGUCGCGGCUUGUGUCUGAAUCGAAAUCAGGACAGAGUGACAUAACUUACAUCUUGAGGGGAAUCGACAUAAGAAUCGAACUACUCGAUAGUGUGAGGCUAGGAUCAUCUCCCAAUAGCGAUCGUCUCUACGAUCUCAUUAUGAAGGAGCAAUCUCAAUCUCAAGUUAUCGAAGGGAUCGAAGAGUCAACGACAAAGGUUUCUAAGAUAGUAGAAUCAAAAAAGGAAACCGUUACACUCAUGGUUUUGAUUCUUAUCUUUUUGAUUGUAGCCAUUAUUCCUUGGUCCAAGGCAUUUGCAAUUUCAUGGAAAGCUGGCGGAAAAGGUAGUACCGAGGAUGCAGAUUUUUGGUAUUUAAUUCAAAGCAGUAUUAUGUCGGUCCUAGGCAAUCUUAUUAUGGUUGUCCCCCUCAUGAAGAAGUCGUGGUUAUCGCCAGCAUACACUAUUUAUCCAUUCUACAACACUGGAUGGAGUUCAAUGGCGUCUUUCUUUGGAUCGAUUGCCUCGGUUUCUUCUGUCCUGGUAAUGACGCAAGAUAUUGCUCAAGAAGGCAGUGGAAUGAAAGUUAAGGUUGACUAA